UGUUCUCUAAUCAGAGAUUUCUUUUGUAACAUUUUAGUAGCAAUUGUGAUGUCUGUUCCACCGUACAAGCAUUUCACCCAAAUCGGUGAUCCUGUCUUAAGACGCCGCGCCGAAGAAGUUUCCGGUGACAAGGUAAACAGUCCAGAAAUCAAGGAAACUAUUGAUUGCAUGGUCCACGUUCUACGACACUAUGACUGCGUGGGUGUUGCGGCUCCUCAAAUAGGUGUGCCUCUCCGCAUAAUUGUGAUGGAAUUCCAUGAGGGUAAAAAAAAUCAAUUUCCUGCAGAGAUCUAUGCAGAACGAAAGAUGUCAACUCUUUCUCUAGCCGUUUUUAUCAAUCCCGAACUUGAAAUAUUAAAUGAUAAGCAACACAAGCAUCCCGAGGGAUGCAUGAGUGUUCGGGGAUAUUCGGCACAGGUUGAACGUCAUGAUCGUGUCCGUGUCAAGGGCAUUGGAAUGAUGGGAACGCCUUCGGAAUUGGAACUGGAAGGAUGGAGCGCCCGGAUUGCCCAACAUGAGAUGGAUCAUUUAAACGGCAUUAUUUAUGUAGAUCGUAUGGUUGUCUCUAGUUUUGCAUGUAUAAGUUGGCCACAGAUUAACGAAGCGAAAGGAGAAACAGCCAUUUGGUUUAAUAAGUAAUUUUUCACUGUUCCACAUUAAAAAUUACACUUGCGAAUUUCUGUUGUUACCAACAACCCGUUACACUGA